AUAUGCAAGCUUCUAAGUGAUGUAGAUCCAACGCUCUGGUACAUCCGGAACUCCUCGGGUAGUAUACCGGAAAGUGAGAUCCGAAUGUGUUGUGGUAGUGAACUGGGCCCAAGUUGUGAGAUGAUGUCGUGUAUAUGUCAGCUGAUAACAAGAUGCCUCGGAAUGGCAACCUGAUGAAAUGGUCUUACAUUUCGCUCGUGCAGAAUGCCAGUAUUCCAAACUUCAAAGGCUUUGCAAACUUUUUGCACAGAUCCAUGUAAGGAGGCAGCAGUACAUGCAUGCUCUGGAGGCUGGGCAGAGCAGGUGCCAGUACAGGACUGUGUGCACCUGGAACGUGAUGUACUACAACAGUAUUGCAAGUGCAACCUCCCAAUUACCUAAAAUAUGUAUUCCGUCGUGUCCCAGUUCACAUAUCACAUGUAGAAGUUUCAGUCGGUUCUCUGGGAAACAGAAAGACUAUUACAAGAUUCUAGAUGUUAAUUUGAAUGCAGAUGCUUCAGAGGUAAAAUCAGCAUAUUUCAGGUUAUCUAAAAAGUAUCAUCCAGAUCUAAACCAGGGUAUCAGUACUGCUUCAUUUCUGGAUGUUGUGGAAGCAUAUGAAGUCUUAGGUAAUGAAAAUAAGCGGCGGGAAUAUGACAGUACGUUUUUCUACAAUUCUUCAUAUCAGCAGCCGCAGCAGGAAAAUGUUGACAAAUUUUACAGAUAUAGACACCAAACACAACAAGAGUAUGAUGAUCAUGAGAGAGAACAUGGAAAUCAAAACAUGAAACACCCGCUUGAUUUCCAAGAUGGGGAAGAAUGGACACCAAAGGAUCACACUGUGACGGACCAUGUUAUGACUGUAGUGAUGUGUGUAUUGGCAAGUGUAAUAGCAUAUAAAAUUUUCGCAGACUUUGAGGACGCGUCCAAAAAUACCAAAAUGAAUUAUCAAUCUGACAACUUGAAAAAACUGGAAAGAGGAGCACUAGUACCAACUGUUGAUCCUUCAAAACAAAGCACUGCCAGUCAAAGUGAAAAGAAAAUUUGAGUUUUCUUAUAGCCCCGAGCUCGACGCAUAUACUUUUACUAGUAGUCUAAGCUGUGAAGCUGUUUCAUGUAAAACCUGCAUGUGGUGACUAGAUAUAUCCUUACAUCAUAUAAACCAGGGACAUACAUAGACGCAUGUAUGUCCCUGUAUAAACCAAGUACAACCUGGAGAGAUGCAUCUCGGAUAUGGAACUUGAGUGUUACUGUUACAUUAAUAUGUUUUAAGUGUGUUUUUAUUGUACGAGUUGUUUUGAUUAAAAUUAUUAUAAUUGAA